UUGCUUUCUAAGACCAAUGUGUAAAUAUGUAAAAUAGUAGUGUUUUGAUUACCGAAAACGGAACAGUUCCAAUGAUAUCGCAUGAGGUAAACUAUUUUGUAGAUAGUAAAAAACGGACUGAGAAACGAGAAGGUAAAACUGCAAACAUGGCAGUAAAAACAGGUGAUUUUGACUUCGAGCAACAUAUGGAGCAGUUUGAUUCCGAGACUUCUGCUAUUCACCGGAAAUUACAAAGCAAGGUAGAAGCGCUAAAAAUAAUGAAAAAUGAAAUGGAAAAAUUCCGCUCGGAACGGGAUCAGUUUAAAGUUAUGGCGGAAACCCUUCAAAUGCGUUACACUGCCUUAAAAAACAGCGUGAAUGGUCCCGAACUACAGGAGACCGGACUCGGCCAUAAUUCCGCAGUGAGCUUGAUUGUCAACCAAACCAGGCAACACAACAUGUCAUUAAGCACCGAGGUGGAAGCACUGAGACAGCGUAUUUUGGAAUUAGAAGGUGACAUAAAGGUAUUGCGAACCAAAAACACCGAUCUGCAGGCCAUCUGCAGCAAGUUCAAAUCUGCGGAAGAUAUGAUACUCAAGGAAAAUGGUACCACCUUUUUUCAAAAAGAAAAAUCCAAACUAAUUUGUCAAAUGGAAAAGCUUAAAAAGAAAAACGCUCAACUACAGUACGAUUUUCGUGCGCUGCUGGACGAAAAAGAGGAACUUGUUGUGGAGCGGGAUGCGUACAAGUGCAAAGCCCAUCGUCUAAACCAUGAGCUAUCAAUCGUGCUUAAAGGUGACAAAUCACAACAGCAAAUGUUGGACAUCGACGGACUUAUUUUGGAGAAUAAAUAUCAGCAGGAAAAAAUUCUCAACUUGGAAAAUGAGCUUGAAUUAGCAAAACAAUCUGCCACAAAGUACAAGAACAUGCUUGACACGAAUCGAAAAAAAGGAAUUAUUAAGCUGGGCAGUAGUAAUAAUCAAACGAUCAUGUCUCAUACCCAAGUUAAAAAACUCCUGGAGCGUGGUACCGUGGACGAGAUUCCCCUCAAAGCAGCAACCAUUUCGGAACUAAAAUCACUCUGCAGGGGGCUGUUGGAUAACGUCAACGACAAGAGUUUAGCACUAUCACAUCAAAAGAAAACCAACAAAUUGUUGGCUGCCAAGAUUGCCGAACUGGAGCAACGAAUAAACACCUUAACAGGCAACAAUGAAGCCGGUGUGUCUUGUCUUUCACCGUCGCAAAUUCUGCUAAAUGGUUACUCUUCAGCAACUGUUGACCUUGACGUAAGCGAAGAACUAAAACAGCUUAAAGUAUCCGCCCAAUCCCAGUACAGUGAUAGCGGUGGAGGGGCGGCUUGUGAAGCAUCCAGUUCUAACACAUCUCAAGGUCUACCGGCAGAACUUCUAUCGUCGGAAUCCAACAAAAGUCUACCAAGCUGCUCAGAAGUAGGUGACCGUGAGUACGUCAACGAGUCGUCUUCCGAUUCCACUUCCAAUGGCGAAGAAAUCGGCGGAACACGAUUGGGCCCGUACGGCAACGCCGACAUAAAAUGGCAAUCGAGUGGAUCAAAGCUUCCGGAAUUACCACCUGAAAUUGCCGCACUUGUACAACAACUCAUUGAUGGCAUGGACGACAGUGCUAUUUCCGCUAAUUAAAACCGGAAGGAACCUGUUAUCACUCUGCAAGUAUGGGAAGAAUGUUCACGCAGACAGGCACAUGUGCAUUUUUAGCACUUCUAGUCAAGUGGAAAGGUGCUACAGCAUACGAAAAUUGUCGUCCCUCGAAGCCUUACCAACCGAUGCUCUAAGAAAGAACGCACCUAAACGCUAACAGAAGAAAAAACAAUACCGCUAAU